AUGUCGUACCCUAUCCGCACGCAAACCGCGGGCGUGUACAACCCUCUCUCUCGUCGCACUGCAGCGGCUACAGCUGCUCGCCCUGCUGCCCGUACCAAGGCCCGCAAGUCCCGCUCAAAGGUGCCCUCGGAGCCGCCUCCGGACAUUGUCCGAAACGCCACCACGGGCGCCAAGUACAAGACUGGCGCCCUUCUUGGCAAGGGCGGCUUUGCGCGCGUGUACAAGUUUCAGGACAUGGCAACAGGCAAGGUGUACGCCGGCAAGGUGGUGGCCAAGUCAUCCAUUACCGGCGCACGGGCGCGUGCCAAGCUCAAGUCUGAGAUCAAGCUCCACCGGUCGCUGGACCACGAGAACAUUGUGAGCUUUGUUCAGUUUAUGGAGGACUCCAAGUUUGUGUAUAUCCUGCUCGAGAUCUGCACCAACGGCUCUUUCAUGGAGCUGCUCAAGGCGCGGCGGCAGCUGACCGAGCCCGAGGUGGCGUACUACAUGUGGCAGCUGCUCGAGGCUACCGAGUACAUGCAUGCACGCAACAUCAUCCACCGCGACCUCAAGCUCGGCAAUCUGUUCAUCGACGACAAGCUCCAGGUCAAGGUCGGAGACUUUGGCCUCGCCACCUCGGUCGAGCACAAGGGCGAGCGCAAGAAGACCAUCUGCGGAACGCCCAACUACAUUGCACCGGAGAUUCUGGACUCGCGCAACAACGGGCACUCGUUUGAGGUCGACAUCUGGUCGAUUGGCGUCAUUCUCUACACCAUGAUUAUCGGCAAGCCGCCUUUCGAGACGUCCAAGCUCAAGACGACGUACAACCUCAUCAAGACCAACACGUACUCGUUCCCGCCGGACAAGCCCAUCUCAGAGGCGGCCCGGUCGCUCAUUCGCUCCAUGCUGCAGGCGCGGCCGUCGGCCCGCCCCACCAUUGCCGAGAUCAAGGCCCAUCGGUUCUUCUCCGACAAUCCGAUCCCAGCCUCACUCCCGCCGACGGCGCUCAAGCGCGCCCCGCUCCAUUCGGAGCUGUUUGGGUCGAGCGCCGAUGGCGCUGCGCCGUCGACCUUGUCGCUGGCCAACAAGUACGCCGCCGACGGCGGUUCGUCGUCGGCAGCGGCCAUUGCCGCCAAGUACGCGUCGCGCGCGCCGCUCGGCGAGCGCGCCUCCGCCCGCUCUGCUGCCGCCUCGUCCAACUACACUGAGGCGCUCAAGGCCAAGUAUGGCGUGGGCUCGGGUGGAUACGCGGCCAAGGCCAAGGCCAAGGCCAAGGCCACGGCGAGCGCCACUGAUGCCGCCGACGCGCGCCCAUCGUCUGGCAGCGCAGGCACCACCAAGGCCGACGAUGACGACUCGGCCGCGCUCCGCGCCAUGCACGACAAGCUCACCAAGUCGUUUGCCCUGAUGAACUCGGGCAAGGCGGCGGCGGCGGCAGCGGCACCCGACGGUGCCAUUCCGUCCGAGCCGGCAAAGUGGGUCAUCAAGUGGGUUGACUACUCGAACAAGUACGGGCUCGGCUACCAGCUCUCCGACGGCACCAUCGGCGUGUACUUUAACGACUCGACCAAGAUUGUGCUCUCAUCGAACGGGACCAACGUCGACUACGUCGAGCGGCUGCGGUCGUCGGCCGGCUCGCGCGACCUCGCCCAGUCUGUGACCAUGGAAGAGUAUCCUGAGUCGCUCAACAAGAAGAUGACGCUCCUCACGUACUUUAAGAACUACCUGAUGGAGCACCUCGAGCGCGCAGACAAGGACGGCGAGUCCUCUUCCUCCACCCGCGCCUCAUCGCCGGGCAUCUCGGCCAUGAACGUGCCCGAUGCCAAGGACGCGCCCACCGCCGGCAUGGUCUAUGUCAAAAAGUGGCUCCGCACCAAGCACGCCAUCAUCUUCCGCCUCUCCGACAAGACCGUCCAGGUCAACUUCUUUGACCACACCAAGAUCAUCCUCUCGUCCGAGGCCCAGAUCGUGACUUACGUCGACAAGCAGCGCAACACCUCGACCCACACCCUUCAGGCUGUCAUGGUCGAGCAGUCGCCGGACCUGGUGAACAGGCUGACGUACUGCCGCCAGAUCCUCUCCAAGAUCGCCUCCAAGGCCUCCUCCAAGCAGACUGCUGCAUGAGAUGAGGCCCCUGAUAUCCUCUCAACAAACACCCCUGUCAAC